CUCUGUCUGUGUCCCGCAUGUCUCUCGCCCUCAGCAGCAGACAGGCGGUGAAGAAGCCGCUCAACGCCUUCAUGCUCUACAUGAAGGAGACGAGACACAGUGUCCUGCAGGAGGGACGCGAGCGAGAGAGCGCCGCCAUCAACCGCAUCCUGGGACGCCGGUGGCACGCACUGUCGCGCUCCGAACAGUCCAAGUACUACGACCUGGCCCGGAAGGAGAGGCUGCUCCACAUGCAGCUGUAUCCGGGAUGGUCGGCCAGGGACAACUACGGUAAAAGGAAGAGGAAGCGGAGCCAGCAGCCCUCAGGAAGCUUCCCCAGGUCGGGAUGAAAGGAACAUGCUUCUUUGUUUUUAACGUGUGAUGGACAUAAAUCAAAUUAUAAAAACAGGUCAAAGGCAAAUCUUGGAUCCACUUCCAUCAAUAAGGCCUUAAGGUAUUAAAGAGUAGAGGCCGCAUUAAUGAC